AUCUAACUGCUAAUUAUGAGUGACUCACUGAGAUCACUGUCAACGAACCAAUCAAUCGAGGGACAGAUCAGCAAAAAGAAAAAAGUUUAGUCAACUUCUUCAAAGACUAAUCGUCCUUAGAAUAUUAGUUAUAAUGAACUCAUAGAUUUAUUGCACCCAAAUCAUCUAUUCAUUAAUAUUAGUUUGGAAGAAAAGUUCAAUGCAAUUGAAAUGUACCAAUAAUCCAUUUAAAAUAGCCUUGAAUCCACCUAUUUCCCAAACUUCAAAUUCGUAGUUGAUGAAAACCUAGAAGACACAGAAGUCAAAUGGAAGCGCUUGCCUUCAUUUAUUAAAUUGACUACCUGAAAUAGGUAUUAUCUUGUAGUUUUCAUAUAUAAGAAUAAUCAUUUUAAAU